UGAAUGAAUGAAUGAAUAAUCAUCCAAUCUGAACCCAAAGCAUCACUGGUGACGACCAAUCAGCUCAGCGCUGUCGGGAUUGGAUCAGUGGAGGAAUAUUUUCUCCACCUUCCUCCCAUCUUUAAGCAGGCAAACAAUCAUUUGGUUGCCGCCACCUCGGCAUCUUCCUCGGGGAUGGAGAACACACGCUGCUUCGCCAACCGCUUUUCCGACUACAGCAAGGGCGCGCUGCUGCCAGACCACGGGGUCGAGACGGUGGUUCCGGCCGUUGUGGCUACGGUGGACAAAAUCCUCCAAAAGGUCCCCAUAUCCCUGGACGACUGCGACGGCGGGCUGUACGACGGUCCAGCCGGCGUGGCGUACAUGCUUUACCACGUCAGCGAGUGUCCGCUGUUCUCGGAGCGGCGCGACACGUACCUGAAGGCGGCCAAGCGCAUCAUUGACGUCUCGGUGCGCUAUGUGGACGCCGAGCCGGACAGAAACAUGCGCGCCGCAUUCCUACUCGGCGGGGCGGGCGUUUACGCCACGGCCGCGAUGAUCUACAAGUCCAUGGGUUUGGCUGACUUCGUCAAGCCACUGACGAAAUUUCGCAAUUUGUGGGAAAUAUGCGCGCCCAUUCAUUUCCUGGAGUGCGGAUCUGAUGAGUUGUUUGUGGGCCGGGCAGGUUACCUGUGCGCCGCCCUGGUCCUCAAACAGAAGCUGGGCAUUGAGAUUCUCAGCAAGGAUCAAAUCAAGUCAAUCUGCCGGGCCAUCAUCGAGUCAGGAAAGCAGUAUGCCAGGAAGAAGCGAAAGCCUUUCCCCCUCAUGUACUCCUACUAUGGAACAGAGUAUCUCGGCGCUGCCCACGGCUUGUCGUCGAUACUGCAGAUGUUGCUGAGCUACCAGGAGCUGCUGAGCGGCGCCGACAAGGACCUGGUGUGGCAGAGCGUUGAUUUCCUCAUGAACCAGGAGCAGAACUGCAACUGGCCCGCCGAGCUGGGCGCGAUCAUUGAGCGCGAGAACGAGCUUGUCCACUGGUGUCACGGAGCUCCAGGUGUGGCUUAUCUCUUCGCCAAGGCUUACAUGAUCAAUAAGAAGCCGCAGUAUUUGGACACGUGCAUACGCAGUGGCGAGCUGGUGUGGCAGAAAGGUCUUCUGAAGAAAGGACCUGGCAUUUGCCACGGCGUAGCCGGCAGCGCUUACGUCUUCCUGUUGCUCUUCCGCCUCACCGGCUACUCCAAAUACAUCUACCGAGCUCAGAGGUUUGCCGAAUUUCUGUUCACGGAAGAGUUCAAGACGGGCUCGCGCUCCGUCACCAGCGUCUGCAGCCUGUUUGAAGGCCUGUCAGGGACCGUCUGCUUCCUGGUGGACCUACUGCAACCGGAGCAGGCUGAAUUUCCGCUGUUCAGCGUCUUUGACUGAAGGUCAGGACACGUAAAAUGAUACUUGAAGGUGAAAUCGUCUUAAAGUGGAGGAAACGAGACUGUAUUUGUUUUUGAAGUGCAAUAGAAACCUAUUUUGUGCUAUAUACGUAUAUAUGUUGUACAUGUACGUGUUUGAGUGAGUGUUCAACCUUUCCGCUUUCCAGACUAAGUAGCGCAUUGCCUGUUUCCGAUUACGCUUUUAAAAUGCAAUUCAAGCAUAGGAAGUUUUUAAUGGGCGUGAAUAAUAAUUGUUUAUUUAAUUAAAUAAUUAAAUGUAGCAUAUGACUCAAGUACGCUACUCUCAGGAAAAAAUAAAAUAAAAUAAAUAAAAACGACAGAUGCUUAUGCCUCAAAAUGAGACAAGGAAAUAAAACAGGAAACUAAUACAUUUUGCAGAUUAGAAAAAAAAAGUCAAGCGCCACACAUUAGGGAGCCGAUGUUCCUAAAGGCUAAAUGUCUUUUUAUUUUAUGAACUAUAGCUUCUUGAUAAUGCAAAAUCUCGAGUCUGGCAGUCCGAGACGGAAGUACGACUGAUACUUUUUCUGUGACUAGACCAAGGCCCCUCAAAAUGUGUGACUACACCAGCUUUGGCGGCACCUUGUGGCAUCUCAGGGCGUUUCAGAACGCGUAAAAGAAGCAAAUAGGUGCAGUUUUUCUGUGAAUAACAGACUAUAGUUUAAAAAAAGAGACAUUUUGAAUUCAACAAAGCACCGGUGUCUUAUUCUAUGCUGUGAUUAGCCAGUGUUAGUAAAUCUAGGGUGUGUCUUCAUAAAAGAUUAACUUCACCGAUAUUGCACAGGACAAACAGACAUUAAAAAAAAACAUACAAGAUUUUCUACCAUCAUACUAUACCAGCUGGGCGCCACACAUCUUGUUUAAAUAAAAAUGAUGUAUUACAUUUAAGAUAAGAUGAAGCAUACAUGCUAACAAGCGUAGCAAGGUUAAUUAUUCUUUCUCAUGGUGGUGUGUAAUUUUUCAAGAAUUAAGUCAAUGAUGUGUGACUUUGACAUAUAGUACAUUGUUAACCAUUGCAGAAGAAAUUAAGUAAAAUCAUUGUCUCUUUGAAGACAACUAAGAGACUGAAUAAAUAUGAUCCUCACCAAGUGGCAUUCUGAAAUAAAUGCAUGCAUUUUAAGUGUUUGUAAGCUUGUAAUUAGUAACAAUUGUUUUAUGGGUACUUCAAAAACGGACAUGUUCAU